AUGUGGGGGGUCGAUGCCGACAUUGGACGGCAGUGGACGCCCGCGCAGGUGACGGAUGUGAUGGUCCGAGAAAGCAAGAUGCGUUUACACGAACGAUUGUCGUUGUCCGCGUACCGCGAGAUUACCAUCUCCAUCAGUCGGAGGUAUUUCGGCAGUGUCAAAGUAUUCCCGCACAACGUCCGCGAGGAUGGGACCGAGAUCAUUAGCCAUGACGAGGAGAACGAGGACGAAAUGGACGACGAGCAGUGGGUGCGCCAUAUUGCCGAUUUGCAAGCCGCGCACACUACCUAUGUCGCCGAGAUGGCAUACGGUCGUAUGAUGACCCAACAGCAAGUGACCACGGCGGGUCCUCAAGCGGGAUUCCGGACCAGCAGCGUGCAUUGGCAUGAUUUUUUAAGGUUUGACGCCAACGACAUCCCGAGUAUCGAGACAAUCAAUAUGACCGAGGCAUUGCAGCGGAUGACCGGCGACCCCACGAUGCAGUUCCGGGGCGUCCAGGGCGCAGCCAUUGAUGCCAUCCAACGGGGCGAUUCCCGGGUGGUGACGGGGAUGCCGACAGGCGGGGGCAAGAGUAUGUUGUUCAUGUUGCCCGCGUGGGUCGGGCAACGAGCGCCGAUGCGAAGCCGCCGGGAUUUCAUGCGUCGAAUGGGAGAGUCAUCGCCAUCCAACCAAGCGGCCAUUGUGUUUGUGACGCCCGAGGCGAUAUUCACGGAUGCAUUCGAGUGGUUUUUAAACCGGCAGAGGGAUUAUCUGCGGUUGGACCGGAUUGUUAUGUUGAACACGUCGGAGAAAUUCCGGCCGCGUUUGCAGCAGUUAGGUCAAAUGCACCGGUUUGGUGCGCAGAUGGUGUUUUUGACCGCCCCGUUGCCCCCAUGUGAUGAGAGCCGGUUAUUUCAGCGCAUGGAGGUGGAGCGAAACGUGGAUGAGAAGUUGGGCAUUUUCGAGCUGUUCCGCAGUGCGGCAAACGGGGUAAUUGCGGCCACCAGUGCAUUGGGCAUGGGAGUGGACAUCCCGGAUAUUCGAUGCAUCAUUCACAUUGGGUUCCCCGCCGGAGGGUUCGAGGAGAUCCAAGCCUGGUUUGACCAGAAUACGCCCAGUGAGCAAGCUGGGUUAGAGUUGGUCCGACGCUAUAUGUUCGAGGACCAUCGGUGUCGUCGCGUGGUAUUAGAUGGUUAUUUGAAUGGGCCGAUCGAUGGAUACACCCCCGCCGAGUCCGUGAUCGACAGCAGCGAUGAAGAUAGUAACGCGGAGAUGCAGGAAGUCGAGCGAAGCAGUCCCAACAGCCCGUCCGCGCACGAGGUUCCCGUCGAAGCGCAGCACCGAUAUCACCAUACUAAUCCCGUCAUUGCUAUGAGUACGACGGCGGCUCUCCAGUCUGAUUCGGGUCUACUAUCGAGCCCUUCGCGAUAA